AAAGAGGAGAAAGCUAAAGAAGCCCAUAUCUACACACAUUCCCUUUUAAAUUCCCCUCCACACAAGCCUGAGAAAAACUACACACAUUUUUCCCAUCUAAAUUUCAUAAUCACAAAGCCAACCUCAAGUAUUCUUGAAGCCUUUAAUUUCUUGAGGUCAAACAUGGAUGAAUAUAUUUUCAGGAGGACACACAUUCCUGUGUUUGGGAGCUGGGAUUGGGAUAACCAGACGCCAUUUACUCAGUGCUUCGAGUCGGCAAGGCCGGAGGGGCAUUUCCGGUAUAGCAACUCCGAGGAGGAAAGGGACUUGUACAUUGCUGGUGAUUUGUAUGAGAAUGAUGUUGUAACCCCUGCUAUGAUUGUCGUACCUCGCCGCCUCACGGAAAAAGCAGGAUAUACUAAAGAGAAAGAUUGUGAAUGUAAGCUAAAAGCUCCACCAAGCCUUGUCUCAGCUUCUUUUUCCACUCCUACGUAUAUAAACCCGCCAAAAGCUGUAGACGAAGAUUUGUACAAAAUGUCCCCUGAUAUCGUCCGAGCCAAGAAAAAACGAAAGAGGUCACGGGGUUUCUUUUCGAGCUGCCUGCGUUUAGAUUGUCUCGGUUGAAUCGUGCAAGCUUGAUUAUUUGGUGAAAAAUGUUGCAAAAUAUUGUUAGCAUAGCUAACAUGAGUGUAAGUUUUUUGGUGUGUGGUUGCAUAUAUGCAGAGGGCCAAGUGAUGUAUUUGGUGGAAAAUAUAUAAUAAAUUCAGUAUUAUUAUCGUAUUAUGAAUUUAUUGUAAUUAAAUUGAGUCUUUUUUUCUUCUUCUCUUU